GUAUACAUUCACAAUUUAAGUGGUUCGUCGAAAUAACUGAAAAAGAAGAUAGAUAUAUGGUUCAUUCUGUGUCAAGUAUUGUAGAAAUGAAGACGGUCUCGGUAAUUUGUGGCUUGGCUCUGUGUCUGUUUAACGUUAUUGCAGCUCAACGAUUGUAUGAUUCAGAAUAUGAUGGAAACUUGGACAUUCGAUACGUUGGGGAGGAGAUGGCAAAACUCAGGAAACUUUUUGUUGAUGAGAUGGCCAAAAUCCGUCUUGACAUAAAUACUAGUAGAGUCCAACAAAGCAACAAGGACAUUCGAUACAAUGGGGAGGAGAUGGCAAAACUCAGGACACUUUUUGUUCAGGAAAUGGCCGAAAUCCGUCUUGACAUAAAUACUAGUAGAGUCCAACAAAGCAACAUGGACAUUCGGUGCAGUGGGGAGGAGAUGGCAAAACUCAGGACACUUUUUGUAGAGAAAAUGGCCAAAAUCCGUCUUGACAUAAAUUCUAGUAGAAUCCAACAAGGCAACAUGGACAUACGAUAUGAGGGAGAGAUGGCAAAACUCAGGAAACUUUUUGUAGAGGAGAUGGCCAAAAUCCGUCUUGACAUAAAUACUAGUAGAGUCCAAAAAAGCAACAUGGACAUACGAUAUGAGGAGGAGAUGGCAAAACUCAGGAAACUUUUUGUUGAUGAGAUGGCCAAAAUCCGUCUUGACAUAAAUACUAGUAGAGUCCAACAAAGUGAGGCCAGGAAACAAUACACCGAGGAAGAGAUGACAACAGUCAAGGAGACCUGUGUUGCGGAAAUGGCAAAACUCGGUCAAAGUACUAAAUUUCCACAAUCGUGCCCCACACAAUGGGUUCCUUACCAGAACUCUUGCUACUUCUUUGGGAAUGAUUACGGUAACUGGAAUCAAGGAAAGGUUAAAUGCGAGCAAAAGCACGGUAGUUCAAAGUAUGUGAGAAUAACAAGCCAAGAGGAAGAUACAUUUCUCCGGAACUUCGUCCGAUCUAGAAAUAUAACAGAAUACGCAUCACGUGACUAUUGGAUAGGCGGGACUGAUGCAUCACGGGACGGAGAGUUUAUGUGGGAGGGACAUUCUCAGAGUUUCACCUGGACAAACUGGGGCCCGGGUAACCCCGAUAGGGUCGGUACGUCAGACUGUGUCAUCCUCUUCCAACGCUCAGACUACAAAUGGCACGACACUUCAUGCUCCAAUAGCAACAGUUACAUUUGUGAAAUUGAGUUCUAAAUACCAACAGUUACAUUUGUGAAAUUGAGCUCUAAAUACCAACAUUUACAUUUGUGAGAUAGAUUUCUAAAUAACAACAGUUACACUUGGGAAACAGAGCACUAAAUAACAAAGUUAUGUUUGGGAAAUAGAGCUCUAAACAACAAAGUUAUUUUAGGGAAAUGGAGCUCUUAACAACAACAGUUAUAUUUGUGACAUAAAGCUCUAAAUAACAAGUUAAAUUGUUAAAAUUAGGCUCUAAAUAAGGAUUUGAUUUACCAUUUGAAUUUUAAAAAGUUUUGACUAUUGAAAGAAAACUUAUAAUAAAAAAUAAAAGAACUGUCCACCUAUAUAAAAAAACACCAUACGAUAUCAUGAUAUUUCGGGUAAUGUUAUUUCACAACAUAUUUUUAUUUGAGAUCAUACUUACGAUUACUUUCAGAUCAAAUAUUUUUAUUGUGAUUAUGAAUAUGUUAAUCAAAAUUUUAUUAUAUUUGUCCUCUGUAAAUUUCUUUUAAAUUGCUAUAAUUUAAGAAUUAAAAUUUCAGCUACUUUUUGACUCAAACUUCAACGGAAGUUGUGAAAUUCUAAGCUUCUCGUGCAGUACAUACGCAUUUACAUACACAUAAACUCUAAUUCACUUCAAUGUGCUGUCUUGUCAAAGUUAUCUUUUAAUUUAUUUAUGGUAUUGUACUGUUAGAUUAAAAUUUUGUAUAACAAUA